CAGGGGAGAAGGGCUCUGCCCUGCGCCAUGGACAGCCGGCACUGCCACCACAACGACUGCCGCACCGCCGCCCCGGGGCCCUACCGAGCCACCAAGCUGUGGAAUGAAAUUACAAAGUAUUUCCGAGCAGGCAUGCCACUGAGGAAACACAGGCAGCGCUUCAAGAAACACGGGAGCUGCUUUACUGCAUCAGAAGCUGUGGACUGGCUUCAUGAAGUGCUAAGGAGUAACAGUAACUUUGGCCCUGAAGUCACCAGGCAGCAGACGGUUCAGUUACUGAGAAAGUUUCUCAAGAACCACGUAAUUGAGGAUGUAAAAGGGAGAUGGGGAUCUGAAAGUUUAGAAGACAACGGUGUGCUGUACAGGUUUCCUUCAACAUCUCCAGUUAAACCUCUACCAGGCUCAUGUCCACCAAAAGAGAACUUGGAAAAUUUCUCUAGGGACAAAGACAGACUGUUUAAGCUGCCACAUUUAUCCAAAAGAACUUUGAAAAAACAUGAGCUACUGCAGUCUCUGGAAAACUUGGAAAAAACAAACCCAGAUGUAUCAGUAGAAAAAAAGGAAGACACACUGCAUGGGAAGGAAAUAAGCCAGGAAUAUGUGAAAGAAACUUGGAGAAAUAUAAUUGUAAUACAUCUGCAAACCAUUUUAGGUCUCCCAUCUUUAGAGGAAAUUUUGCAGCCAGCACAGAUAGUUCCUGAGUAUGUCAUAUACAACAUGACCAACACAAGCAAACAUGGGGUUGUAAUUCUGCAGAACAAAUCAGAGGACCUCCCCCACUGGGUGCUGUCAGCUAUGAAAUGCCUGGCAUACUGGCCCAGAAAUAAUGACACAAGCCAACCAACAUACAGUGGGUUUGAACGGGAUGUGUUCAGAACAGUUGCUGAUUACUUUCUCAGCCUCCCUGAACCACUGCUUACUUUUGAAUACUAUGAACUUUUUGUAAACAUUUUAGAUCUCCUUCAGCCUCAUUUAGAGAGACUUGCUGUGGAAGCUCUGCAGAUCUGCUGCUUGCUGCUCCCUCCACCCAACCGGCGGAAGCUGCAGCUCCUGAUGCGCAUGGGCGCUCGGCUCGGCGCCAACACCGCCAUCCCCCGGCUGCACGAUGCCAUGGGCACACGGGCUCUGAUGAUCCAGACUUUCUCCCGCUGUGUGCUUUGCUGCUCAGAAGAAGUAGAUCUGGAUGAGCUGCUCUCUACACGACUGGUCUCAUUUCUGAUGGACCAUCAACAAGAGAUAUUUAAGGUGCCAACUUACCUGCAGGUUGCAGUGCAAGAUCACAUCGAGUACAUGAAGAUGGCUGAGUGCAAACUGCCAAGGGAAGAAAUGUGUGCCAUAUUGCCAACAUACUCCUACUGCAAGCAAAUAACUCCUCAGGAGUUUGAAGAACAAAAGGUUUCUACCUCUCAGGCUGCAGUGGCAGAGCUCUUGGAGAACAUUAUCAAAGAUAAAAACUUGUCUGUGAAAGACAAAAAGAAGAAGUUAAAACAGUUCCAGAAGGAAUACCCUCUAAUCUACCAGAACAGAUUUCCAAGGACAGAAAAUGAAGCAAUGCUACUGGACAACAAACCCACCAUUAAGCAACCAAUGCUCAGCUUAAGGAAACCAAGAUUUCGUAGCUUAAGAUACUAA